CGGUAACGGCCUCUGGCGCACCGCAACCUCCGCGGUCACAUUUUUGUUCAGGUCCAAAACAUUUCUUUGCUUACUUUUCUUUUGCACCAUGAUGAGACGAGAUCGAGAGUUGACAAUCGACACGAGCAUUUCUCCCCAGAAAGAUGGCGGUGGACUUGCAUUCUUCAUGACGGAUCCAGAGCCGGUAGCGCCAUCGAGAUGGAGUGGUCGCCGAGGCCGAAGGCAGAGGAAGAAACAUGGCGGGGGAAAGACAACUACACCCGACGAGAAAGGCUACCUUGGCGACUUUGAAGAGCCCCUUCGACGCCUCAGUUUUACGGAUAAGGACCUGUUGGAAGUUAUCGAUGACCCUGAAGACUUUCGCUUGCUUCAGAGUGACCUCCGUAGGCAGGGAGCCGUGACGAAUUCUCUGAUAAAGGAAGGUAUCCACUUUUAUGUGCAAAACUGCUUGGUGGCUAAGAAACAGUCGGAUUCCCCGACAACCAUGAUCACGCCAAAGUCUUCUACUUCCAGCAAGAAAAGUCGUCAGCGUGCAUCCUCUUGGAGCAAGACUCCGCCAAGGAGCUAGCUCUCCUUCCAAGGAUGAUGCGUGCCACCGUCGCAAAAACCCCGUCAACAAUCUGCAGUCCUUUUGUGUCCUACAUCAUGAAACUCUUUGAUAAUGGUAUACUUCAUUAGUGAGAGCCAAUACACACAACUUAAAAUAAAAGUCAUUCAGUUUCCAUAGAAAGUUAAUGCUGUAAUGUAGGUACCUGGUACUGUACAACAUGUACCAUGAUACGAU